AUGGCUGUAGAAUUACUAAAUCAAAGCCUAUGCCUUUCUAUAUUAUGGUGCCUCAUCCUCACCAUGAUUGUGUUUAAGCUCAUAAUUAGAAGAAGCAACAAUAAGCUGAAUCUGCCUCCAUGCCCUCCAAAAUUACCCAUUAUUGGCAAUCUUCAUCAGAUAGGAGGGCUCUCUCACCGUUCUCUGACAUCUUUCUCACAAAAGUAUGGCCCUCUUAUGUUGCUCCAAUUUGGUCAGAUUCCAACUCUGGUGGUUUCUUCUGCAAACCUUGUGAGAGAAAUGGUCACAAUCAACGACCUGGCUUUCUCUUAUCGUCCCUCAAUGACAGUUCCAGAAAUCUAUUUCUAUGGAGGCAAGGACGUGAGUUUGGGACCCUACGGCGAAGAUUGGAGAUACAAAAGGAAAAUCUCUGUUAUUGAAUUCCUAAGCUUGAAAAAGGUGAGAUCUUUUCAAUUCAUCAGAGAAGAGGAAGUUUCAAACAUGGUUAACAAGAUUCGUGAAGCUUGCAUGAAGAAUAAUAAUGUAGCAGUGAAUCUGGUUAGGAUGGUUAGUGCAACCACAUGGAACAUAAAUUUUAGAUGUGUUUUUGGCAAGCAGUAUGAAACACUAGAUGAUAAAAGUAACGGUUUUAACGAGAUAGUCAUGAAAAUAUUGACUCAUUUCAGGGAGUUCAGUUUUGGGGAUUACUUCCCGUCAUUGUGGUGGAUGGAUUUUGUUACAGGGCUUGUUCCCAAAGUGAAGGCCAAUUUCAGAGAAAUGGACGCUUUCAUCAACCACGAGAUUGAACAACGUAAGAGUGGGAAAAAGAAUACUGAGAAUAAGGACUUCAUAGAUGUUUUGGUUCAACUUCAACAAGACGAUGAUAUGCCUGACGUUGGACUCUCCCUAGCUAGCAUCAAGACACUGAUAACAGGUAUGAUUAUUGGGGGAUUGGAAGCUAAUGCAACUAUGGUAGAAUGGGCUAUGGCAGAAUUGAUGAGACAUCCGGAGAAAAUGAAGAAAGCACAAGAAGAGGUACGAAGAAUUGCAGGGAAGAACAAUAAAUCAAGAAAAAUAAUAGAAGAAAACGAUGUGAAUCAAAUGAGCUACUUGAAAUGUGUGGUGAAGGAAGCUACGAGACUUCAUCCACCUGGUCCUCUUCUUUUCCCAAGGCAAACUAAUAGUAGCACUGUGAAACUAGGAGGCUACGAUAUUCCCCCAAAAACAAGUGUAAUUAUCAACGCAUGGGCAAUUCAGAGAGAUCCUAAUCUCUGGGAAAAACCAGAAGAAUUCAUACCAGAAAGAUUUGAGAAUAAUGAUGUUGAUUUCAAAAGCCAAGACUUUGGAUUAAUACCAUUUGGUUUUGGAAGAAGAAUUUGUCCUGGGAUCUUAUUUUCAGUGGCAACGAUUGAGUAUACACUUGUUAAUCUCUUGUAUUGGUUUGAUUGGAAGCUGCCUGCUCAUAAUAAUGAAAACGGAAAGGACGACAUAGAUAUGAAUGAGACAGACGGCCUACUUUCCUCCAUGAUGCUUUCUCUUCAUCUUCACCCAAUUCCAUAUGUACCCCUUUUGCCCUAA